UAAUGAGGUUCAAUUUUACAGAGAUUGGCAGUUGCUGUAUGUAGUAACCCUCCUGCAACGUUCUUUCUCAAACCGUUGUCGCUUGUUGGAGGGCGCGACGGCACAAAGCAGGAAGGCACGAAGUGCAGAGGAUUUGCCGGGCCGGGCAGGAAGGAGCGAGCAGGAGCACAUACGUCAGCCGGGCAUUUCGAGCAUUGAGCUUGCGAACUCCUGGCUCGAAUCUCGACCUCUCUUCUCCUUAAACCAUCAACCAACUCCAUCCCCGUCCAACAAUUUCAUUUGCUUGCCGUUUGCAUAGCCUUAAUCCGAACCGUUUUCAAAAAUGUCUUUCCAAGAACGCGCCCAGCAGCACAUUUCGCAGCUCGACAAGGAGCUGUCCAAGUACCCUGCCCUCCAGAACUUUGAGCAGCAGAGCUCCGUCCCCAAGGUCUACGUCGUCCUCGGUCUCGGUGCCCUGUACUUCUUCCUCAUUUUCUUCAACAUUGCUGGCGAGUUCCUCGUCAACUUUGCUGGCUUCAUCAUCCCCGGCUACUACUCGCUCGAGGCUCUCUUCACCCAGAACAAGGCCGAUGACACCCACUGGUUGACCUACUGGGUCACCUACGCCUUCUUGACCGUUCUCGAGAGCGCCGUCAACGCCGUCUACUGGUUCCCCUUCUACUACACCUUCAAGUUCAUCCUCGUUCUCUGGAUGUCUCUUCCCCAGACCGGUGGCGCCAAGAUUGUCUUCAACUCCCUCCUCCACCCUCUCUUCGGCCGCUUCUUCCAAACCGGCCCUGCUGGCGUCCGUGCCGACACCACCAAGACCCAGUAAAUAUGUCGCCGCGAUAGAGUCCUGGCGGUAUGAGAGUGUUUGUUUGAAGGCUGUCUUCCAUUGACUGGCUUCUGGCCUUUCUCUACAGAUCAGCCUUGUCUUACGGGAAGCACGACUAAUGCCCUUGAAAUUUACUGGAGGAGCGUGGACAAAGAAGAAAGAAGAUGUUGCAGUGUUGUUUUCAGAGUCGAGCCUAUUUAGGCAGUUGGAGAUCGAGUAUUGAGAUGACGAUAGGUAGGAUGAAGGUAUUACAAUGAAAGAGUUUGUGUACAC